UUGGGGGCUAAGGAGGCUCUCCUCUUUCCCAGAGCUCCAUCCAGAUUAUCUUUGAAGAGAUCCCACAGCAACUUCCAGCUGUCAACAUCAGUCGUGUGACCUGCAUGGAUCAGUCGGAGUGCAGGAUGCUGCUGCGAUGCCACCUUUCGGCCGAUGCAAUGCAGUUCCCCGUCUCGGUCACACAGCAGAGUCCGGCGGCUGUUUCCAUGGACACCUACCAAGUCACUCUGGCAGUGGUGCGUGCGCAGCUGGAGAUUCACCUGGAGGAGAUCCAGGACGGAGGGCUGCUGGUCUCCUGGGCUUUCCUGGACAGGCCAGACUUGAGUUUGAUGGUGGUGCCAAGGCUGCAGCUGCGUGAAGAGAAUGAUGGAAAAGUGGAUCUGUCCACCAUCAAGGAGUUGCUGGCAGACUCGGUGAUCAGCACGCAGCCGGCCAUGAUGGUGAACCUGAGGGCCUGCGUAGCGGGAGGCAACCUGACAGCUGGCAGCAAGCCACUCCCAGGCCCUUCUUCCAGCCCAGCCACUCCCAAGGUGCCCAGGCUGCUUGUCCAGAACCUGCGAGCCCUCCACCUGGGGGCCGAACAGCUCCGAGGAAGUCGGCAGCUGUGCUGCCUGGUGGAGGUGGACAGCCCUCGGCAGCAGAAGAGGACAAAGCUGGUGCCAGCCGGUGGAUUGGGCCCUGCGGCUGAGGUGGAGUGGGAUGACAGACUUUUCCUGGAGCCCAGUCCUCAGAGCAAAGAGCUGAAGCUGAGCGUCCUUUCCUGCAACUCCAGCACCGGGGAGGAGGUGCUCUUAGGAUUCGCCGCUGUUCCUCUGGCCUCCCCAUCUGCAGAGCUCAAGAGACAUCAGCUCUGCGGGUUAAGCUCUGGGCCCCUCACAAAGCUGCCCCCGGCGGCAGCCCUCUCAGUGGAGAUGCUCUACCAAGAGGUUCUGGAGGGCCAGGCGGGCUCUUCGCUGCGCCCCAGCAUCACCCCCACCAAGAAGAUCGAGAUGGACCGUACCAUCAUGCCAGACGGGACCAUCGUCACCACCGUCACCACCAUCCAAUCCAGGCCCAAGAUGGACUGCAAACUCGAUUCCCCCUCAAGGUCUCCAUCCAAGGUGGAAGUGACGGAGAAGGUAACCACGGUGCUUCCGGAGAACAGCUGUCCCAGCAGCGCUUCCCCCACCAGCAGCCGAAGCAGCCACAUUUCCAAUGGCCUGGACCCCGUGGCUGAGACGGCGAUCAGGCAGCUGACAGAUUUGACCAAUAAACCUGCCAAGAAGACCCCGACCAAGCGCAGCACGCUGAUCAUUUCAGGGGUAUCUAAGGUCCCAAUUGCUCAGGAUGAGAUGGCCCUCUCCCUUGGCUAUGCUGCCUCGCUGGAUGGCACCCUGCAGGAUGACUCCAUCUCGGCCGGCAUGUCGGAAUACGCCCAGCGAGCCCAUGGCUUUGCCCACCCUGCUCAGCAGCUGGACACCUCCUACGCCCCCCAACGGGCCAGCCAAGAAUUGGACGAGACGACCCGCUCGGACAUCUCAGAGAGGGCCUCAGUGGAUGAUGUGGAAUCGGAAACAGGCUCAACAGGGGCUCUGGAGACCAGGAGCCUAAAAGACCACAAAGUGAGCUUCCUUCGGAGCGGCACCAAGCUCAUCUUCCGCAGGAGGAACAAGCAGAAGGAAGCUGGCCUCAGCCAGUCGCACGACGACUUGCCGAACACGAGCGCUGCCAACGGCACCAGGAAGAAAUCAGGCAGCUUCUCUCGGCGCCUCAUCAAGCGCUUCUCCUUCAAGUCCAGGCCCAAGGCCAAGGCCAACGGGAGCACGCUGGCUGUGGAGAAGCCCUGAGCGCCCGCUGGGGGAGCCGUGUCCUCUGGAAGCCCCUUCCGCUGAUGCUUCCCCUGCUCCGUCUCUCCACACCACCCCGGCUCCUCUUCCCUCCCAUGCAAAGGGAGCGACGACGCAACUCCGGGAUUUGCCUGGCUGGUCGGUGUUUGACCUGUGGUGCUUUUGCUUGGUGCGGACUGGGAACGCCACGGCUCCUGGCCCCCUUUGGUAGCUGGCCUUUGGGGUGCGGUGGGGAAGGAGGCACCCCUCCCUGGUCACUUUCAGCCCUGACGUCUUGGAAAUGCAUGAAGGAGAGGGGUCUUUUUUAAUGGUGGCUUAAAGACUCCUCCCCAUGUUCUCUGUGUAUAUGUGUCUGCGCGUAAGACACUGAGGGAGGGGGCAAUACACUGGCUUAUUCUGAGCAGCUGGCCUUUGCCACUUUUGCUGCAGUGGCCAAAUUUAGGUCAACUCCGGAUGAACUUCUGGGCCUUCCAGUGGCUUCUUCUUCCCCCAAGGGAAACCUUGUUCCCCCCCCCCCGGCAGGGCCCAGCCAACAUUGCCUUCUAGCAACCAGAGACGGUGGAUUCCCUCUUCUUCCUCCCCCUUCUCCCCUCCCCCGGGCCCAUGGACAUGAGAAGAGAGGCUGCCGGAAGCUUCUCUGGGGAGCGGGGGGGGGGCUCUGCCUCCUCUUUCCAGGAAAAGAAAAAAGAGGUUCCUCUUCCUGUCCGUUGACUUCUGGAGGUAAAUGGGGCUUAGCCUCUGUGGAUGGACCACUGCUCAACCACUUGCCCUGCCUCAGGGCUCGGAGGAAGGAGAGGCGCCAUCGCCCCGUCGUCGGAAGGCUUCUGUCGCUCUUCGCAAAGCAUUUUUGGCAUCCCCAGCCGAAGCCCCGCUCCCUGGAACGAACACCAGGGAGCCCAGCUAAGGAAUCCAGCUGGAAGCCCUGGGGGAUCCUGACAAGGCAAUGUAUGGUGUGUGAACGUGUGUGUUGAGGGAUGGGGACCAAUCCUGCUGAGCCUGGGCUGGUCCCUCCCUGCAGGUUGUUGAAAAGGGAUAAUG